GGAAGAGCAGCAGGUACGAGUCAAAGGCGCGUGACCGGGAUCGGGAUCGAAGUAUGGGUGAGCGUGCAAGUAGUAGUCGACGGAAGGACCGUGGGACAGAUGGUGAUCGUACUAGGGGUGAUCGCGAUCGUAGUAGGACAGAUCGUGAUCGUAGUAGGGGCGAUCGCGAUCGGGAAAAAAAGGCAGAUAGGGAAAGAACAAAGAGCGAGCGAGAGGAAGGGAAAAGCGAUAGAGAAAAGAAGAAGGGCGAUCGAGACAGGAGCAAGGAGGACCGGGAAAGAAAAGAUGAUCGAGAAAGAAAAAGCGACCGCGACAAAAGCAGAAGUAGAACUACAAGUGGGAGAGAGCGAAGUCGCGGUCGAGAAGAGGGUGCGUCAACAACGUUUGAUGCAAAACACUCGCUAGACGAUACUUCCAAGAAAAAAAGUAAAAAGGAAAAGAAGGAGCGUGCUAAGUAAAAUGAUGACAGGUCCAUGCAUUUAUAAAAACUCCUGUUGCUACAACAAGUACAUGAUAGAUCAAGCCAAACGGUAUAGAUGAUUUUGCAAAGUACAACAGCGUAGAAGUGACUGAACUAUUAUCACUUCAUGACAUCAAAUUUCUAAUCGAAUCAGCCAGCUAAUAUGAUCAAUAUUCGUUGUAAUCACAAAAAAACAGUUUAUAGAAAUCGACACAAUGUGUUGAACCGAGUAAUUCUACAGGAGCUUAGAUUGCACAGUUUUUUUUUGACAAUAUGUUAUGUUUUGCUUUCAUAGUUUUAGUUGCUUAGGGUGACUUCUCAUAGUGAAUAUUUUGCGCACUCGAUGAUGUGCAUCCAUAGUAGAUUCACAAAAAAUCACAACUCGUACUACUUCUGUUUUUGCUUUUUCUCUCGUUUCGAUGAUGGACCAAAAUGCACGUUUCGAUCUCAUGCUUGAACACCUGUCAUCUACCGUGAAAAACCCGUUUUUGUCGACAAAUAUUAGACUCUGGCUUCUACUACCACGUUCCAAGGAAAUAUAAAUGCAUAUUUGAUGUUGAUCUAAUACGCGCUGUUGUUCGUCUGGGUGGAGCCAGACUGAAUCAAUGUUUCAAUGACAGAAAAUAUUCAAAAAUCCAAUGCAUAUUCGAUGUUCCGUGGUCGUGCGAAUCAAGAAUCUCUGAAAAAUUUCCAUCCUGCUCACUGAAAACCGGUUCUUGUU